AUGACGGAGCUCGAAUUCAGACGGCGAGAUUAUAUCGCCGAAGAUAAGGCCUGUUAUCUUUCUCGUGCUCCGGCAGAAUCGCAUCCUCUUUCCACUUCCUCCCAAUCUCAUCCGCCGGUUGGUUUUGUGCAUAAAGUAAAAGUAAAGGAUGAGGAUGCCAUUUUAGAUCCACUACGAGGAACCACUGAGAAAACGGAAAUUGCUUCUGCCCAUUCACAAGAGGAAGAGAUUAAUCUAACACCUCUGGUCACUGAUGGAGUUUCCUUGCAGUUUCCAUCAAAAGAAUGGACUUCCCUCAAGAAGACACUGUUUCAGAAGUUUCCUGUUGCUAAUAAUAUUACGUUAUCUUCGAUUUCUCAAGGAAUAAUGAAGGUUGGGAAGGUGACAGAGCAGUCCCAAGUGCAUUCACAUUUUGAGGAACGGGAUGAUCCACAAAAAAUCAGUGAAGAAGGUCUUAAAGUUGUGAGUCAGAAAGAGUAUAUCACUCGUUUACAGGAACUUAAACAUGAAAUUUCCCAUUCUUGGGACAACAAUGACCGUGUAACAUCUCUCAGGUUGUCAAUCAAGGUCGCCAGGCUUUUGAUGGAUACAUCUGUUCUACAAUUUUAUCCAACAAUAUUUGUUCUAGCUACGGAAGUGAUGGAUAUGCUGGGUGAUAUGGUAUGGGAGAGAAUUAUGCAUAAAGCAGAAUAUGCUGAAGACGGAACAUUUAUAUGCUCUUUGCCAGAUAACUUUGAAGCCAGCCACAUAUGUGAGGAUGCUAAAGAAACCUGCGUCAACUGGUUUUCCAAAAUUGGAUCUAUCCGUGAACUUCUUCCACGCCUCUAUCUGGAGUUAGCCUUACUGCCUUGCUGGAGGUUCCUUAUCGACAAUCCUGUGAGUAGCCUACAACGUUUAGUUUUGAUGGCAAGGGGCAUUGGAGAUCCAUUAGCUUCAGCAUACUGCCACUUGUACAUGGCCUAUCGUGCACAAAAACUAACCCAGAACGACAUAGGGUAUCUUAUCACUGGAAUUAAAGACUUGAAAAUUCAAAUGGAGCGCAUUGUAUCAAUGCAAGAAAUCAAAUUUGGAAGUUCUCAAGCAGAUAUCAGGUUGCAUGUCAGCCUCAUGGAACCCACUAUUGAAUCCAUGAUGAAAUGCAUAUUUAAAUAUUCAAAACAUCAGAUGCGUGUCCAUGAAGUGCUUGUUGGACUAGGACUUGGAAAAGACCAAUCACAUUUAUUUGGAGACUGUUCAUGCGUUUCAAUCAUUCUACAUCAUUUACUAAAAGAGCUGCCCGUUAGUUUAAUCAGUUCUAACGCCAUGGACAUUCUUCAUAUGAUUAAGUGCAACGAUGAUUGCUCAUAUGAACAGUAUUUGAAUUACAAGUUGGUUGGACUCAGGCUCUGUGAAAGCAUAUCCCAAGUGAGUGAUGUGAUUGCUUUAGUGGAGAAGAUCAUGGAGGUUAUUUCUUGCUAUGAUAACUUGGACGAGUAUUUGACGGUUUUAGAUGCUUUUUUUGAUAUUAUUCUGCAUUAUGAAAUGGAUAUACAUCUAAAUAAGAUUUUGGAUGAGGUAUUUGAGAGAGUUUGUGCCCAAGACAUUGGUGAAAAUGCUUUGACAGGCUUGCAGUCAUUCUUUCUGAAGCUUCUUACGCAUUUUGAUGACUUGAAAGAGAUUGUAUCACUGAACCAUUUUAUAGACAUCCUAGAUGUGAUGCACGGGAGCUCAAGGAACAUCAUAAAUGUAGACAUUCUUCGAAUGGCAACGAAGAACAAUUGCAUUCAGGAUCAUACAAUUAUUCAUUUUCUGUUUGAAGUAUCACAGGCCUUGCAUGAUGGUAUAGAUUCCUCAAACAUAAGAAAUGAUGAAAAUCAACACUCCAUACGUCUAAUAUCUGGUUUUGUAAAUUUGGUUGACUAUGGGGAGAAUGUUGAACGUAACUUAUCUUUUCUGCUUGAUUGCCGUGGAGCUUUUACUGGCAUGAAUGACCUCAAGGAAACACUUGUUCACUCCAGCAAUCUUUUAGCCGUUAAAGCGCUAAAAUAUGGGAGUAGUUCUCUCUCUGUCGUCAAAUCUUGCCUUACCUUUAGUGAAGUUACAAUACCUUCUAUCCCUGAUUGCUUAAGGCAGUUGAAUCUUUAUCUGGAAACUGCAGAGAUCGCAUUGCUGUGUGAAUUACUUUCUCAUGCGGAUGGUCUUAUAGGUUCAGCAAUCUGCUGUUUGCAAGACUUGGGCUUGAUGGAUGGUCUACAAACACCUGGUGCUGUUGAUGGAGGUCUUACCUUAUUGUUCAAGUUAUGCAACCUCAUCAUUAGGCUUCCAGGUGGCCUUAAGCAGGGAUUUACAUAUGGCCCUAGGAGUGUAUAUUCUUUUCUUGAUUCUUCAUGGAUGACCUCAAAACUAAAAGUUAGGGGGUUCUGUGCUCUUAUUUCAAUGUUGGCAGCAUUAUCCCAAAACCCUUUACAAUUUCCAUCCAUACAUAAUAAGGUGAUUAGCAAUUACAAGCUGUUCUUUAGUGAUCCUACUUAUUUGGAAGAAAUCUCAUUAUUAUCUGGUGUUGUUCUGGAGAAAGUUUUUGAUGUUAUAUCACAAGAGCCUUCACAGACUACCCGGGGCAAUCUGGCGCUUGAAUUUUGUAACUGCAUUGCUUCAUCAUUCAAAGUAUCCAAAAAGCUGCUGACAACCUGCGCCAAGCUGGUUGAAAUAGCCGAGUUAAGCUUGGGUUCUGACAAUAGAUAUUUAGCAUCAACCAAAAAAAUCCUAGUGGCGUGCGGCAUAUGCGAGGAAGAGAAUAUGGAUCUAGAGGUGGUAGGGCGCCAUGCCCUCCUGUUUGAUGACGAUCCCAUGGCGGCGUUCGUGAAUUCCGGUGACGCGCUUGUUGAUUGGAAUUCCCUCCAAAUUGAUAGGUACGACGUCCGCCACCUUCUCUCCGGUCCGUUACCUCCCCGCAGGCGCCGCAAUCCUCAAUCUGCUUCGAAUACCGCCGACUCCUCUUUGAGCGCCGAACUCGAUCACGAACGUUACCUCGAUCUUCCUUCGCCUUCCGACGAGCCAGAAGUCGAAGAGGCUGAAAAGCCUGAUGAUGCAACUUAUCAUGCUGUGGGUUUUUCUUAUGGAAACACUGAUGAGUUACCGGACCAAAAUAAUGCCAAAGGGGGUCUGGAAGGCCCUAGUUUCCGUCCUCCAUUUAAUGUUCCUGAGAGCCUUGUUCAUAGCUUGCCUCCUACAGAGAAGGUACAUGAGAUCAUUGCAAGGACUGCUACAUUUGUAAGCAAGCAUGGUGGACAGUCUGAAAUUAUUCUGAGGGUGAAACAGGGAGAUAAUCCAACAUUUGGUUUUCUGAUGCCCAAUCAUAAUCUUCAUGCCUACUAUAGGUUCCUUGUUGAGCACCCUGAAGUUUUGCAGUCUGAAUCUGAUGCAAAAUCUCAGUCUGUAGAUGCCAAUGCUAACCAGGCAGCAGUGGGUGCUGAAGGAGCUUUAUCUUUGCUGGGUUCCGUCUAUGGGUCUGGGGAGGAUGAUGAUUCUGUUAUGGAGGAUGCACAAGAAUUUGGAAAUGUUCCUUCUGGGAAAAUGAAUGCAGACAGUUCAGCUGUUUCUCAUGUUGCAGAAAAGGCUGAUUUCAGUUCAAAUGCGGCUUCAAAAGAUGAAGUUGUAUCUAAGCAUCCACUUCAUAGUAAAGAUAAGCCAUCUACCGUGAAGAAAAAUCCUUCUAUUUCCAUGCCUAAAGUUGGAAGAACGAAUAGUCUGAAUACGGAAAAUGUCUCUGGCUCGCGUUCUUCCUCUUCGGUGAAUUUAGGGAAAGCUUUGAUUUUAGAGCCGCCUCCCGAUUUAAAGAUAUUGGUGGAGAAGAUUGUUGAUUUUAUUACAAAGAACGGGAAGCAGUUUGAGGCUUCACUUAGAGAACAGGACAGCAAACAGGGAAGGUUCCCGUUUCUCGUACCAUCAAACCAGUAUCAUCCAUAUUAUUUGACAGUCCUUAAAAAGGCUGAGUCCAAUGGGGGGCCCGAUAAGAAAGUUUCUUCACACAAGGAAGAUAAUUCAGAACUAUCUUCUGAUAUGCCAUUUGAAUCCGACAGGAAAGAGAAGUUCAAGAUGGUUAUUGCAAAAUCAAAAAAGGAGUCGCAAGACCAUGAGUCAAAACCGGCCCAACAAGAGCACGGAAUUAGUAUAGAUGCAGAAGCUGCUGCAGCUAUUCUUCAGGCUGGCACGAGAGGUUUUAAGAAUCCGUUUGCUGGGAUUAUGUCAAGUUCUUCUCUCAAUGGUUUUCAACCACAAGUCACUGGUGCGUCUAAGCAGGGUUCAGACCUUGGUGAAAAAUCUUUGUCUGACAAGAAGGCCUUCGCAAAAAUUGACAUUUCUGAAACUCCUAUUCAACCCGACUCUGAUCCGCCCUUGACUAAAGAGCAGAAGCUAAAAGCUGAGAGACUGAAAAGGGCAAAAAUGUUUGUGGCCAUGUUGAAAGGUUGUAGCGUGCCAUCUAAAGAUGAAUCAUCUCGUGCUUUGUCAGUCGAACCUUCAGAGCUAGGGGUUGCUGUAUCCCCUGGAAAAGCUGAUCAUGGGACUGGGGAAACCAGCAAUUCAGCCCUGGUUGAUUGUACUACAUCAGAUAAAAUUGAAAAUGGCCAGGUUAAAGUAUCGAUGAGAAAGUAUCGAUCAAGAUCUGAGAAACAUGAAGAGAAUGAUGAUGAAGAAAUGGAGGGGAAUCAUCUCAAGGAUUAUGAAAGGCGGCUAGAUGAUGAAGAAAAGAGUCAUAGGCAGUCUAGAAAGAAGCAUCAUUCCAGUCGGGAUAGCGUCCAUGAUAGUGAUUACAGAAAGGAAAAGUCUCAUAAGCGGUCUAGAAAGAGAGAUAUAUCUCUUUCCUCUUUCGAAGACAACGAAGAAAAAAGUACUGAUUCAAGUCUUCAUAGACACACAAGAAAGGUGAGAGAAAAGUCUCAUAAGAAGUCCAGUAAGAGACACCGAUCCCGUAGCUCUUCUUAUGAGGAUGAUUCUAGUGCUCAUAGACACUCAAGCAAGCGGCAUUCAUCUCACAGGCAUAAGCAUGAAGAAGAUGAUAAAAGGGCCGAAAAGCGCUCCAGAAGGAAGCACCGGUCUCAUCGUUCUCAUAGUAGUGAAGAAGAUGAUGAAAGGACUGAAAGACGCUCAAGAAGGAAGCACCGGUCUCUUCGUUCUUCUCAUGGCAGUGAAGAAGAUGAUGAAAGGGCUGAAAAGCACUCCAGAAGGAAGCACCGAUCGCAUCGUUCUUCUCAUAGUAGUAAAGAAAAGGCCGAAAAAAGUAAUGCUCAUUCAUCUGAGAGUGAAGGUUCUGAACUAGGGCAUCAUGGCGGCAACUAUUCUAAAGAGGAAAAGAGGUCUGUAUUAGGAAGAGCGGAGUUGGAGGAAGGCGAGAUCAGUCCCAAGGUAUCUGAUCAGUCUAAGAGUGUGGGUGGUCCGGUAAGCCGUGAAGCUUCUGCAGAUGUCACGAGUACAAAUGGAAGGGCUGCUUCGCAACCGUCUGAGACCAUCCAUAUAUCUGAUGAUCUGAGAGCGAAGGUCCGUGCGAUGCUGAUGACAUCCAUGUGA